AUGAUUUUGGUCAAAUCUGUCUCCUAUAGGUACAAAGUAAAUAAUAGCCUAACUGGCCAUCUCCCAGCCAAGAGGGAGCUUAGACAAGGGGACCCAUUGUCCCUUAUGUUGUUUGUGUUAAUCAUGGAGUAUCUCCAUAGGCUCCUGCAGAAAAUUGGCAGAAAUACGAAUUUCAAUUUCCACUCAAAAUGUGAGAAGAUCAAGAUCAUUGAUUUUUGCUUUGCUGACGAUUUGCUCCUGUUUACUAGAGGUGACAGUGUUUCAGUUUAUCUGGCUCUUUCUGCAUUGAGAGAUUUCACUGAUUCUACUGGUUUGGAGGUGAACCCUAGUAAAUGUAAAGUUUGUUGUGGCGGAAGGCUUGCUUCCUUUUAG